UGCUCUCCCUAUGCGGCUCAUCUCUAUGAUGCUGAAAACCCUCAGACACCCCUCCGGAACCUUCCAGGCCUUUGCUCUGACUACUGCUCGGCAUUCCAUUCCAAUUGCCAUUCUGUCAUCUCUCUGCUGACUAAUGAUCACCAUAUCCGGGAGUCCCAGUCGAAGGAUGGAGCUCACUUCUGUCACUACCUCAAUCUCCCGGACCAGGAUUACUGUUUUCCCAAUGUGCUAAGGAAUGACAACCUUAAUCGCAAUCUUGGAGCUGUGGUGGAGGAUCGUAAGGGCUGUUUGCAGCUCUGUCUGACUGAGGUGGCCAAUGGGCUGAGGAACCCAGUCUCCAUGGUCCAUGCUGGGGAUGGCACCCAUCGCCUCUUUGUUGCUGAACAGAUCGGUGUGGUAUGGGUCUAUCUGCCAGAUGGGAGCCGUUUGGAGGAGCCUUUUCUGGACCUUAAGAGCUUGGUGUUGACAACCCCAUGGAUAGGUGAUGAGAGAGGCUUCUUGGGCUUAGCUUUCCACCCCAAAUUCCAGCAUAAUCUCAAGUUCUAUAUUUAUUACUCAUGCCUGGGCAAGAAGAAGGCAGAGAAAAUUCGUAUCAGUGAGAUGAAGGUUUCCCGGGCUGAUAUCAAUAAGGCUGAUCUAAACUCAGAAAGGGUCAUCCUGGAGUUAGAAGAGCCAGCUUCCAAUCAUAAUGGGGGGCAACUCCUCUUUGGCCUUGAUGGCUAUCUGUAUAUAUUCACUGGAGAUGGUGGACAAGCUGGAGAUCCCUUUGGCAAAUUUGGAAAUGCUCAGAACAAGAGUUCACUGCUGGGGAAAGUGUUGAGGAUAGAUGUGAACCGGAGAGGCUCAGAUAACAAGCGUUACCGAAUCCCACCAGACAACCCCUUUGUCACUGAGCCAGGGGCUCACCCCGCAAUCUAUGCAUAUGGAGUCAGGAACAUGUGGCGCUGUGCGGUGGAUCGGGGUGACCCCACCACCCAGAAGGGCCGAGGCCGGAUAUUCUGUGGUGAUGUGGGUCAGAACAGGUUCGAAGAAGUAGACCUCAUUGUGAAAGGAGGGAACUACGGCUGGAGAGCUAAGGAGGGGUUUGAGUGUUAUGACAUUAAACUCUGUCAUAAUGCCUCAUUAGAUGACAUCCUGCCAAUCUAUGCUUAUGACCAUUUGGUGGGAAAGUCAGUUACUGGAGGAUAUGUUUAUCGGGGCUGUGAAUCUCCAAAUCUAAAUGGCCUCUACAUCUUUGGGGACUUUAUGAGUGGUCGACUUAUGGCUUUACAGGAAGAUGGGAGAACAAAUACAUGGAAAAAACAAGACAUUUGCAUUGGAAACACCAAAGCCUGUGCCUUCCCAGGGUUGAUAAGCACCUAUAGCAAGUUCAUUAUCUCCUUUGCUGAAGAUGAAGCAGGAGAGUUAUAUUUUCUGGCCACCUCUUAUCCAAGUGCCUAUGCACCACAUGGAUCGAUCUACAAAUUUGUUGACCCUUCAAGGCGAGCACCCCCGGGCAAGUGCAGAUACAAACCAGCACCUGUCAAAACCAAGGGCAAGCGGAUCCCCUUCAGACCACUUGCCAAGACUGUCCUGGAGCUACUAAAAGAAAGGUCAGAGAAAGCUGCUAGAAAAUUGUCCAAAGCAACCUCAGCUUCCAGGACUCGAAGCAGAGGCUUUUCUCAGAAGGCCUCUUCUAAGAAGCCAACUUCCCCUGAAGGCACACAAAAGAUACCUGUCAAGUCCAGGCCCAGGCCCAGGCCCAGGCCCAGGCCCAGGAAGAAGACUCCCCGAACGUUUGGUAAGCGCCAAGCAAAAGCCAGAAGAUUGUCUGUGAGGCCUCAGGAGAAGAGAAUCAGGGCCUUAAAACCCAGUAGCACCAGAACCAAGGGCAGCCAACAGCCAGGAAGGGCGGGCCCUGGCACCUCCUCUGGCGCCUUCAGCCCUUGCAACCCCAGGUCCGGUUGCCGGGUGCCACGUGUCAUCGUCUCGGCUGGCAGAGUGGAGGCCGAGUCCUCUAGCCGCUGGCGCCCCCUGCCGACCGCACGUGGGAGCGUCUGGCGGUCCCGACUCCGCCCGAGCCCACUGGGCCCCUCCCUCCCCGACCCCAGUCUAGCUCCCGCGCGCUUGGAGCUAGACUGUAGGUCUCGGUGA